AGGCCGCUUAGCUCGCCAUGAUUCACGCCACGGGAAUUCCCUUCUUCAACCCGCUGCUCAGCAUGGGCGGCAUGCCCUUCCCCUGGGCACUCCCCACGCAGGGCUCGCCGCCCAGCUCGCCGCCCUCUUCGCCGCUCUCCGGCACCAGCGUGUGGCAUCGACCCCAGACAGCCCGCGCUGCCUCCUUCACCAUUGAUGCCAUCCUCGGCCGCCGCCAGCAGGAGGCGGAACAAGCGGGGCGCUCCCUGGCCCUGCGGCGAGAGGAACGCCAGACCCGUCCGGCACCUUACCCGGCAGUGGUCGGCGACCAGCAGAAGACGGGCGCAGGCGGGCACGGCGGCGGCGGGAGCCAGGGCGCCUCGGCCAAGGCUAAAGUGAAGCGAGUGCGGACCAUCUUCACAGCAGAACAGCUGGAGAGGCUGGAGGCAGAGUUCGCCCGCCAGCAGUACAUGGUGGGGCCGGAGCGGCUGUACCUGGCGGCGGCGUUGAGCUUGACCGAGGCCCAGGUCAAGGUGUGGUUCCAGAACAGACGCAUCAAGUGGCGCAAGCAGUACAUGGAGCAGCAGCACGCCAAGCUGGCGGGCUCUCAUGAGGCCGCCGCCGAGGACUCACUCUCCCCGACAGACGGCACCUCCUCGCCGCCCCCAGAGGCCCCAGCAUCUCCCGCCUCCCCCGCCAGUCCUGGGGACGCGUCGGACGACCACCACGAGCCCCAGCAGCAGCAGCAACAGCCACAGCAGCAGCAGCAACAAACGGAGAGACAGAACAGCAGCCUGACACCGCUGGCCGCCGCGCCCUCGUACCCAAGCUACCUCGCGGCGACGCUGUCAGCGGCGUACGCGGACCAGCAGAGCGAGCCGGCUGACCUGACCACCUGUGGGGGCCGAGCCAAGUGAGGCGGGUCACGGCACGCCCCUUCAUCUUGACUGUGACAGUGUGGACGUGUGACACCGCCGUGCCGCGCCCGAUGAGCGGCAGUGACGGAGGUGACCGAGGUAGCGGCGGCGGCGAAAACUUUCCCGCACCGAGACUGAGGGCAAGGCUGCCGAAACCUGGCCCCCAGCCACUCUCAGGUGGUCUUGGAUCCCUGCGUUGUGGUGACCCACGCCUGGUGUCCCUCCCGUGGUUGGCGAGCCGCCUCGCUGUGUACAUAUGUAUGUAUGUAUGUAUCGUUGGCAGACUGUGUCUGUGUGUGUGAGUAGCUCCUUGUCCCCGAGUUCCUCUGCGAUAGAAGGUUAUCUAGUCUUUGUAAUAAAAAUAUCACGAUAA